ACUCCUCUCUCUCUUACGCGCUCUUUUCUCUAUCUCUCAGAUUUUUUCAUUUCCCUCUAGACUUUUGCCUUUCUUAAAGAGAAAUGGCGGAUCAAUUGACUGAUGACCAGAUCUCCGAGUUCAAGGAAGCUUUCAGUUUGUUCGAUAAGGAUGGUGAUGGUUGCAUCACCACCAAGGAGUUGGGGACUGUCAUGAGAUCGCUAGGACAGAACCCAACUGAGGCAGAACUCCAGGACAUGAUUAACGAGGUUGAUGCUGAUGGAAAUGGUACCAUUGAUUUUCCUGAGUUCCUGAACCUCAUGGCAAGGAAGAUGAAGGAUACCGACUCUGAGGAGGAGCUCAAAGAGGCAUUCAGAGUUUUUGACAAGGAUCAGAAUGGUUUCAUCUCUGCGGCCGAGCUCCGUCAUGUGAUGACUAAUCUCGGUGAGAAGCUUACCGAUGAAGAGGUCGAUGAGAUGAUCAGAGAAGCUGAUGUGGAUGGUGAUGGCCAGAUAAAUUAUGAGGAAUUUGUCAAGGUUAUGAUGGCUAAGUGAUAUCCCUUUCCCCCUGGAAAAAAAAUAUUUUUAUAAAUUUAAAUUAGGAGGGGAUAACAGGGUUGACCUAUAUAAUGGAAUUUCUAGUUUCAUUUUCAACAACUUUUAUUUGAUGGUUUUUUGAAUCAAGGCUCUUAAAGGAAGUGGUGUUGGAGGCUUAUUGUGGUGGUUUUGUUGUACUGUUCACGCUACCUUUAAUGUCUUGUGAAACUCAGUUGCCUUUGCCAGUUUAUAUUUUGCUUAUUUGAUCUUUUGUAAACUUGAACUACUUGGGAAGAUCGAGCCUGUAUGUUGAAUGGAUGACCAAUUCUAUAUUUGCUCA